ACAUAUCUGUUUUCCUGAUUAAAUUUUCCUACAUAUAACCCGAUCACAAACUUAAAUUCUGCCGUACUUGUGAAACAUUACAACUACGUGACACACGCAUGCAUAGUUUUGUGACAUUCGAUAUCAGUAGAACACAGCUGUACUUGCAUGUAUCUACCAUAUGUCGGGUGUGCGAAAUUUUGAAAUUCAAGACAAUUCAGGCGCAGUGAGAAGAAGAUAUGAAACAGGUGUUCUAACAGAGAAGAUGCAGGUGUGUGGUGGGGGCCUGGGAUACCUGCCUAUCUGUUUGGUGCUGGUUUCCUUUGGGACAUUUAUUGGAUCAUACAUCAUAGCCAUCCUCAAACAUGAUGUUGCUAUAUACUUCCCUUAUAUCAGCGAUACAGGAACGAAACCACCCGAGAGCUGUAUAUUUGGACAGUUUCUAAACAUUGCUGCAACUUUAGCCUUUUGUACUAUGUAUGUUCGUUACAAGCUGGUGGCAAGUCUGACUGGAAACGAGGAUACAAAGCUCAGGAGACUCAAUAAUGCAGGCCUUGUUCUCGGGACUCUCAGUUCACUUGGGCUCAGCAUUGUCGCCAACUUUCAGGAGACUGUUGUUGAGCCAGUCCACCUGACAGGAGCUAGUCUAGUGCUAGGAUGUGGAGUUGUGUAUGAGUUUGUCCAGACCUAUGUCACCUACCAGAUGCAUCCAGAUUUCAAUGGGCAGUUUAUCGCACGCAUCAGACUGCUUAUUUCAGUGAUUUCAGCGAUCGGCAUGGUCAUGGCAUUCACUUCAGCUGGAAUAUCAAGAUAUCAGACUGAUACCAAAGACAAACUGCACUGGAAACCAGAUGAGAAGGGGUUUACAGCUCACAUAGUGAGUACCAUGUCUGAGUGGGUAACGGCUGCAUUCUUCCUGUUCUACUUCUUCACCUACGUUAGAGACUUCCAGAAAGUAAAUGUUCAGGUGAAAGCCGAACUUCGUGUCAGACAUUUGGACGAACAUCCUUAUCAAAUUCCUGAUGAAAGGUCACCGUUGCUCGCAUAGAAAGAUCAGAAAGACAUUAAUAAUGACUGUUCAACUUCAUUUGGCUUUACAAAAGGUCACUCCUGCCUGCUUAGGAACAUCAAAGAGACAUUAAAAGAUGUCCAACUUCGUUGUGCUCUACAACAGGUCACCCAUAUGCAUGCUUCCAUAGAAAGAUCAAAUAGGCAUUAAUAACUGCCUAACUUCAUUGGGUUUUACUGAUUUAGAGAAUGUAGAUUAAAACCUCAACCAAUUUGUUAUAAUUUUACCACAUUUGACACUACAUGCUGACUAGUCACAGAAAAACACAAGAAACCUUGAUGAAAAAACAACAACUUACAAUUCUAUAAGACCAAUUUAAAAAAUAAAAAGCCAUGCAAACGUUUAAUUACUGUACCCAAGCAUGAUACUUUCUGCAUACUGUAUAACGGGAAAUUUUGCCGCAGUUAAACCUUCGUCUUUUUUUUCUCUCUCGGUAAUGAGAGCGAAUUUAUCGUAAGAACGAACAUCAGUAAACAACAUGUUAAACAUACCGAUCAAAAGUGAAGGGAAAUUAACACUGGGCGAAUACAUAUUUUACCAGCGUAGGGCAAAAUUAACACUGGGCGAAUACAUAUUUUACCAGCA